GCGCCCGCGCAGUAAAGAGCAGGCCGGCAGAGACGGCGGCUGCGCGGUCGUGGGGCAGGGGAGCUGUCGAGGUGGCGGCGAUGGAACCUGCAGGGCAGCUGAACGAGUUAGUGUCAGCGGAGGGCCGAAACCGGAAGGCGGUGCUGUGCCAGCGUUGUGGCUCUCGCGUGCUGCAGCCCGGGACUGCUCUCUUCUCCCGCCGACAGCUUUUCCUUCCGUCCAUGAGGAAGAAGCCAGCCCUGGCUGAUGGCAGCAACCCCGACGGCGAUCUCCUCCAGGACCACUGGCUGGUUAACGACAUGUUCACCUUUGAGAAUGUGGGCUUCACCAAGGACGUGGGCAACAUCAAAUUUCUGGUCUGUGCAGACUGUGAAAUUGGACCCAUUGGCUGGCAUUGUCUAGAUGACAAAAACAGUUUCUAUGUGGCCUUGGAACGGGUUUCUCAUGAGUAACCGAGGAGAUAGGGACUCAACUCUACCCUCAGCUCUGAAAGAACUGGCAUCAAACUUGGUGUAACUGUUGUGCUGCUGAUUUCUCUGUACCACGUAAUAUACGUGAUGAGCGCCAACAUAGGCACUGGAAUGCACAGAGGGCCAGCCCCGCUUCCUGCCAGCUGCAGUGCAUGCCUCCUGCUUCGUCCACUUUGCAUCACAGCAUGUUCUAACUUCUGGUCCCCCAGUGUUGGGACACCUCGACCUCCACACAUCUGUUCUCAUCGCUGGCCUCUGUUGUACCGAGGGCUCCCUUUUUUCUGCUCUAAAAGAGCAGUGUUCAACUUUUUAGCCAUAAUAACACAUGACAAGAGUUUCAUGUGCUGAUAACUUUACCUUUUUUACUUUCAUUCAAGAAAACAAAUGUGAGGGCGAUCUGGCUGCAACAUCUGUCACCUCUAUGAUCGCCAGGGUUGAUUCAGCUGAUGCGGGUGGCUACAGACGAAAGUCCCCUUCCUCCCUCAACUCUCCACAUGUGUCACUCCUGAAACUGCGCACUCGAUCAAAGAGGACAACCCCCCACCCUCGGCCAACGGAAUAUAGGCAGCUGUGCUCCCCUCUGGGAGCCUCCAAACAAGCUCUCAGUCAAGCAAACAUACGAGUACCUGAGAGUAGUUUUGUUAUGUAAUUAACCUAGUUAUCUACAGGAAUUUGCUCUUUGUAAAAGUAAAACAAAUUCCAGUAUUUAAGCCACUAAUGAGAAGCAUCUAAUAAAUACCGUGGGCAAGAGCCUUAGAUCUGGAAUAAGGGACAGCCUUAUUGUGAAGAUGAAUAUGGCCCUUCUUCCUUUCAACUCUUGAUGUGGUUUCUCUUGUUAUAAACUCCUUAACUGCUACAGCCAAUUGUCAAUACCAAUCAAAACUCAGCCCUAAAAACACAAAGAACAAAACAACUCAGCUCUAGCUCUCUUACAGUCAAGAGUAGAGAGUGUAUGAGUGUAGAGGGUAUAUGAAGGAUGGGUCUUUGACAAAUUGUACCUGAAUUUCUAGGUUAUCUCUCUUCCUUUGUUCUUAGGGAAGACUUCUUUAAUGGUGAGUGUCAUUCACUGAACAUGAGGUAUGGUCCUCAGAGUUUUGCUUCAGUUGGACUCUAUACCAUCCCAGAAUACUGUUUUUUUUUCUCCUCAAAUGCCUCUUUUUCUAUUGCUAUACAGUUGCUUUUUUUUCCCCCCUGGUACCAGGAAUCAAACUCACGACCUUGUGCUUGCCAGGCAAGCACUUGUGCUGCUGAACUAAAUUGCCGGCCUGUGCCCUUUUUAAUAUUAGUAAAUUUUAUUUAAGUCUUCAACAUGAGUUCAGUCAUUCUGUCAUCUGUUCGGAAAUGUCUUAGCAGGAAUCCGUAUAACCAGGUUUCAGGGAUUCCCCCAUCAUCUGUAGCUCUGGGGGACUAAAAUUGAAAUAAGGACCAAACAGAAGCCCUUUCAGGCCCCUUCCUUUGCAUUUUUGCUCUGGUUGCUGCUUCCCUCUUUCCAGAGUUUCUUGAGGGGUCCUCCCACUAACAUGCAAGUCUUGGGCACAGGUUUGUAGCCAACGUACUUGCGCAGAAGGGUGGCUUUCUUCCCUAGGCUGGGCCUGAACAAGCUCCUGCAGAAAGGGAGAGAACUGUUUGGUAUUUGUAGAAAACUGAGAAUUACCCUCAGUUACCCUCAACUGAGAAUUACCCUCCAGUUGAGAAGGAACCAACCAAGAAGAUGCCUCUAGCAGGCAUAUGGCCCCUGCCAUCACAAGACAAACCUAAACUAAGAAUUUUCUUAAAUUAGGCUGCAGCUUUUUUCUCUUUUUUAAAAUCAUAGUAAUAGUAUAUAACAGGCACAUUAAAAAUGAGUGUAAAAUUAUUGUUUAGCCAGGUAUGAUGACAUACAGCUGUAAUCCCAGCAUUCUGGAGACUGAGGCAAGAGAAUUGCUAUGUGAGGCCAGCUUGGGAUAUACAGUGAGGUCAAGGCUAGUCUGAACUGCAUAUUAAGACCCUGUUUCAAAAAAACCAAAAAGGGAAAAAAUUUUUUUGAAAAACAAGCAUUUAAGCACACCUCAACUGUCCAAAAAUUGCCGAUGGCAAUGGCCAUAUCAUAGAUAACUUGAUGUUUUUCUAUAUAAACAUGUACAGUUUUUUAAAUAGGUGUGCAGUCCAACAUUACUCUUUUAUAACUUGCUUUUGUAAAGAAAAAUAGGGUGAGCAUCUUCCUGUGUCAGUAGCUGUUCAUCCAUCAUUACUAGUAUCACACUGCAUCAGGCACUAUAAUUUAUUUAAAUCCACUAUUAGGUUGUCCUCAGUUUCUUACACACAAUAACGGAGUGUGCCACCUUGUUUAAAUGUGAACGCACGCCCUGACUUCACCAUGCAUUUCCGUGCAUGGUGAGAAGUAGAAUUGCGGGUAGCUGUGGACAAGGCUUUCCUGUGUUGACACUGCCUCCAAAGACAGCUGUGUGCCUCGCCUUCCCCAGCAUGUGAGGGAGCCCUGAUGUUUCUGAACCCUUGUGAUCAACAGGUAUUCAUGAUCAUGAAAAAUACUAUCUCAUUGUUUUUACUUGCACUUAUUUUACUUCUAAUGAAAGUUUUGUAUACUUAUUGGUCAUUUAUGUUUCUUUUUGAGAACUGCCAAAUAUUGUUGUCCCAGGAAACAAAAUGGCUGUGUUACCACUCUCUGCCUUUUCAGUUUGAUCUGAAAGAAAUAAAGGCAUUUAAACUGUGGAAA